GAAGCCGGUGUGAGUGGAGCCCGGGGUUGGUGCGUUUUACUUGACGUCUUCGCCCCGACCCCUCCAUCGGAGGCGCGUCUUGUCUUUUUCCCCUCUACUCUCUUUCUUUCUCUCUCUCUUGUAUUGCACCGGAGAUCGAGCCGUAAGCGAAGCUCGUUGCAAAGAGCCGAGCCUUUCUGCCCUUGUGUUGAGCAGUAUUACAUCCGCCAUUGGAUUUGCAGGCUGCUCUCCCGCCGCUCUGCGCUGGGGCGACCGACAGACAGGUCGCUGCAGGAUCUCAUUGGAGGCGGCGGCGGCGGGGAUAGACCUGGGGAUCGGAGCUGUGCGGGAUAAAGACAGCGGGAAAGGCGGCUGGAGACAGAGAGAGAGUGAGAAAGAGGGGGAAAGAGAUUGGGAAGUCGGGAAUGAUGAACUCUUAAGAAGUACAUGGGCUCCAAAUGAAUCUUGCACAGGGAAUCUAAACAGAAGGCUGCAUUAGUUCACCCUCCUGAGACAAGGCUGUAGGACUGAUGGGGACAAUAGCAGGAGAUGUGGAUGCACAGACAGUGCAAGGACUGGUGGUGGGCGGUGAAGACCCUGGAGGAAGUUCCUGGACCAACAGUCAACAGAAACCAGUAUCUCCAGACCAUCAGAAGGCGCUGGGUUCGUGCCCUGAGACAAACGUGGCCGUCACCAGUUCCACUCUCACUCCCAGCGCGCCCGGCCAAGCUGAGGACGAUGAGUGCAGAGGAGUGGAAGGGGAACAGAUCAGUGCAGCGAUUGCCACGGCCGACAGCCGGGACGGCACAGGCCAGUUAACAAUAGCCCCGAGAAUACAGGUGGAAAGUGGGACAGACGGCCAGCAGAUCAAGUGUGUGGCCGCAGGUCAACUUAGUCAAUUGACCAGCGAUGUGGACAAAGAACCUAAGGCAUCAAAUGGUCAACACACCAAGUGUGUGGACACUGGACCUCCUGGGACUGAUGGUCAAUGGACCAAGGAUGUUGACAUAGGACCACUUGGGACUGUUGGUCAUCAGACUACAGGUGAAGACACAAAACCUCCUCCUGGGUUUGAUGGUCAACGGACCAAGUGUAUGGACACAGAACCUGCUGGGACUGAUGGUCAACGGACCAAGUGUAUGGACACAGAACCUGCUGGGACUGAUGGUCAACGGACCAAGUGUAUGGACACAGAACCUGCUGGGACUGAUGGUCAACGGACCAAGUGUAUGGACACAGAACCUGCUGGGACUGAUGGUCAACGGACCAAGUGUAUGGACACAGAACCUGCUGGGACUGAUGGUCAACGGACCAAGUGUAUGGACACAGAACCUGCUGGGACUGAUGGUCAACGGACCAAGUGUAUGGACACAGGACCUCCUGGGAAGGAAGGUCACUGGACCAAGGAUAUGGACACAAAACCUGUUGAGACUGAUGGUCAGUUGACGAAGGAUGUGGACACAGGGUCCCCUGUGACUGAUGGUCAACAGUCCAAGGGUUUGGACUCGGGACCACCUGGGAAUGGUGGUCAGUGGACCAAAGGUGUAGAUGCAAGAUCUCUUGGUUUUGAUGGUCAGUUGACCAAGGCCGUGGAUACUGGGCCACCUGGAACUAAUGAUCAACAGACCAUGGGUGUGGGCACAGGACCUAAUAGGAAUGAUAGUCAUCGGACCAAGGGUGGAGAUACAAAACCUCCUGGGGCUGAUGGCCAACAGCCCAAGGGUAUUGACACAAAAUCUUCUGGGGCUGAUAAUCAUUGCAGCAAGGGUACAGAUGCCUCACCGUCUGGAAUAGAUGGUCAACAGGCCAAGAAAGUGGAUAAAGAACCUCCUGGGACUGAUGGUCAAUGGACAAAAGGCAAGGAUACAGAAUCUCCUGGGUCUGAUGGUCAACAGGCCAAGGGUGUGAACACGGGGUCUCCUGGGCCGGUUGAUCAACAAACGAAAGGUAUGGACACAGGGCCUCCUGGGACUGAUAAUAAUUUGGCCAGUGGUGGAAAUAGAGGACCUACCAUACCUCAUGGUCAGAAAGCAAAGACUUUGGACAUACGAGUGUCUAGAGCCGAGGGUGAAUGGACCAUGGAUGGGGAAUCUGGAUCUUCUGGGACUGAUGGUCAUCGGACAAUGGCUUUGGAUGCAGUACCUUUUGGAGCAAAAAAUGUGGAGACCCACAGUCAAUAUCUAGCAGGAAAUGAGAAGGGUUCAGAACCGGAUCAAGAGAUAGGACUGGACUUGCACCGCCAGAAGGCUUCCCAGAUCCAAAAACCUGAACAGGGCGUAAUUGAAAGAGGAGAGGGAGAGGACAUUGGCAGUAAGAAUGACCCAGCAGUAAAGUAUGCUUUACCUGCCAACGGAAGUGGAAAAAUCACCGAGGCUGAAUCUAAAGCUGAAAACUGUGAGCAGCAACUGGGGUCUGGAAAGAAGGGAGAUGCCAUUACCAAAACAAGCCCAGAUUCACCUGAAGAAGUUCAUGGACUGCAGAUUGCAUCAAAGGGAAAUGAACCAUCCACCCACAACAGCAGCGCAGAACAGCAGCCACCCGUGCAACCAUUGGGUACCGAGCCAAACCAAAAGGGAAAAUGCCAACAAAAUGAGUCCAGAUUUAAGGAUGCAGAGACAAUGACGACCCAGUCUCCAGCUUCCAACUGGGGUAAGUCCUGCCGGGAUGCUGAGGUCCAGGCAGUUCUGCAGAGCUUUCAGUGUAAGUCAACUGCAACCAGUCCCAAGAGCCCAGUGCCCGGGUUGGCAGGGAGUUUACUGAGUCAUUGCCAGGGAGCUGUGAUAGACUCUACAGAGAGCAGUUCCUCCAAACUCUACGCAGCCAGUGAUCACAUGGUGUGCAUCAGUGAUGCUCAACAGGACUCGGAACAACUGAAGAUCACUUGCACAUUCACAGAGGGCUCAGACCAGUUGAGUAUCACUUGUGAACUUGGUGAGGAGACACCGGGAGUGGAAUCACAUGGAGGUAACAAGCAAAAUAAGCAGGAAUCCCUGAAAGGACCAGAUUAUCAUCAGGUAACAAUGACCAGUAACAAGAGUAUUGGGCGGCCAGUUACUGAAGUUCCAGAAUCUGGACAGGAGCAAUCUCAGGCUAUCAUUAAUCAAUCAAAACCCAUUGGAACUGGACCCUUGCAGCUCAAAGCAGAAGCUGACUGUUCAAAUACCGCUUCAAUGCUGCACCAAGGACCUAAGCGGUCAAAGAAUGCUUGUGAUGAUGGUGGGAAUUCCGAACAAUCAUAUAUAAAUAAUAGGUUGAGACAAAAGCCUUCCCACCUCACCACGCCAUAUUGUGUAGCCGAGGCAUCUGUGCACCACAGUGAUGCUGCUUGCUCCAAUAACAAAUACGAUGAAUUGGAAACCAUUCUCCACAAUACAAGCCAAUUAAGCGUUGCUGCUGAUGUCAAUGCAGAAGUUCUACCACACGGAAGCAUUAAAGAAUUUGAGCAAUCAAAAAAAGCAUUAAGCAGGCCAUCUAGUCAACCAAGGGACAUCCAUAAUGAGUCUGAUGAAUUGAAAAUAGGCUCAGACUUUAGUAAGCCAACCAAAUCCUCAAACUUUACUGAAGACAUUCAGAAGGUAUGUGAUACAUCACCAAUUAUUAAUAUAGCUGAUAAGGAUUGUAGAUCAUUGAAAAUGGCUGGUGACAGGAUGACUAGUUCUGUUCAAUCGCAAGAUGUACUAAGAGAGCAUGUUCAGUUAAAACACCAUGACCUCAAAGAGGAAAGCAAGCAUUCUAAAGAUGGUAUCAACAAAAUAACCGUCCAUCCACAAGCUACACGUGAUGCUGGUGCAGAAUCUGGUCAAUCGCGGAGUCCGUACAAUAUCUCAGAGGAAACUAAUGAUCCAGACACUGCCCAGAACACAAGGAGAGCAUCCCACCUAUCGAAAGAUACACACGUUAUCAACCAGAGAUUGGACCAGUCACAAACUGCUUGUGAUGCCAAGAAAGAAUCGAACCAAUUGAAGACUGAUUUGAAAAACGGCAAAGAAUCUGGCCAGCCAAUAUCUUCGUCCGACAACUGUAAGGGACUAGCCCGAUCGAAAGCAGGCGAUGUUACAAAGAAGCAAUCUGUGCCAUCAAAGAAUACUCACCGUGCCAGUAAGCAAUCUGACCGCUGUAAGAGUGGGAAAGCAAAAAAGACGAUCGAUGUGCAAGUUAAACAAGAGCAGGUGGCCAGUGACGCAGGUAAAGAGAAGAAUGUCCGUGACGUGGUCUGGGAUGAGCAGGGAAUGACCUGGGAGGUGUACGGAGCUUCCCUUGACCCUGAAUCAUUGGGAUUUGCCAUCCAGUGCCAUCUACAGAGACAGAUCGUUGAGUACGAGAAGCAAAUCUUGGGAAACAACCAGAGCAAAAGAUCAGCGUCUAUAAACGCGACCCCUGGGAGCAAUAACCCUAACAAACGGAGGCAGCAAAAUAUAUUCAUGACAGUUCUACAGAACAUGAGGUCUCCACAAUGCUGUGUUCGGCCAGAACCUUCAUCUGUGAUUGACUGAAACUAAUUUAGUAAUAUGUCAAGAACUCUGCAACUUGAUUCCCUCUGCUUUCUGCUUUUUCUCUUCCUGGCCAAGUUUAUGGAUUCUAUAUUUCAGAUUUUUUUUCUUAACAUACGUGGACAUGGACAUUCUAUCAUGUAUCAUUUCUUUCCCAAGGGAUCCAUGUAGGUUUGAUAAAAAAGACCCAACAUGCUGGAGUAACUCAGUGGGCCAGGCAGCAUCUCUGGAAAAUAUGGAUCGAUGACACUUCAGGUUGGGACCCCUUUUCACACCCGGAACAUUGGUUUCCCCUGACCCAAACCGUCACCCAUCCAUGUUCUCCAGGGAUGCAGCCUGAUCUGAUGAAUUACUCCAGCACUUUGUAUCCUUUUGUGUAUUAACCAGCAUCUGCAGUUCCUUGUUUUUACACGUAGAUUGGAUGUUGGACAAUAAUGUUCACCAUCUGUAGAUAAAAUGAGUUGGUAGUUAUUAUUUCAUAAAGAGUAUAUUAAUAUAUAGAGAUGACUGGUUUGUGAAAAUGUUGUUCAGAAAUUCUUGAACUAAAAUAAAAUGUAUCUGUCAUUUUGAAGCCCAUGAAUUUCACUCUAUGGCCUACAAUGCAUGAAAACAUUUGAUAUAUUUUGAUUGUAGCAAUACAAUUCCAGCUGCGGGAAAUCUGAAACAAAAUCAGAAAAUGCAGGAGGCAUUCCACACAUGCUCUUCUUCCAGGUUUGUGUGUUACACCCAAUGCUCACAGUGUGGUCUCCUCCACACUGAAGAAACCAUUCACAGAAUAGCGUACCACUUUGCAAGGCACCUCCUUUCAUAGAAACAUAGAAAAUAGGUGCAGGAGUAGGCCAUUCGGCUCUUCGAGCCUGCACCGCCAUUCAAUAUGAUCAUGGCCGAUCAUCCAAAAUCAGUACCCCGUUUCUGCUUUUUACGCAUAUCCGUUAGCCCUAAGAGCUGAAUCUAACUCUCUUGAAAGCAUUUGUCCACAAGGACAGCCCCGAGCUUCCAGCCAUCCUGUCUCUUGAAAUCUCCCUUCUCAAUCAGCUGGCACAGUGGGCGUAGUGGUAGAGUUGCUGCCUUACAGCGGCAGGGACACCCGGUUCGAUCCUGACUAAGGGUGCUGUCUGAAUGGAGUUUGUACGUUCCCCCGUGACCACGUGGGUUUUCUCUGGGUGCUCCAUUUUCCUCCCAUUCUCCAAAGGCGUACACGUUUGUAGGUUAAUUGGCCUGUGUAAAUAGUAAAUUGUCCUUGGUGUGUAGAUUAGUGGUAGUGGACCGAGUGAUCACUGGCCAACGAGGUGGGACGAAGGGCCUGUCUCUACGCUAUAUCUGUAAAAUAAAGUAAACUAAACUAAAGUCCAAUUCUUAUCUCCAAUGAAAGCUAUCCCUGUGGACAUGUGGUCGUCAUUUGGAUUUAAUAUUGCACUAUGAGUUUUGAAUAACCACUCCUUUUUAAUCUCUUUCCUCCAAAGACAUGAUUAUAGAAUUUGUUUCUCUUUUUCUUUUACAUUACCCAUUGUCAUUUUGUAAGUUAUUGUUACCUUGACAACUUUUAAUCUGCACCUCUUCACAGGCACUUCGUCUGCUGCAAUGCUACUCCGCACCCAAUCAUACCCACGCCCCUGGAAACAUAAAACACCCGUGCCAUUUCACCUUAGUAGUUCUUAUGGACGGUCCUUGAUCUGAAAGGCCAUUUCUGUUUCCCUCCCCCACUGGUGUUGUCUAGCCUGCUGAGUGCCUCCAGCAUUCUCUGGUUUUGAUAUACUUUGGUGUUUGUUCGUGCUUUCAGGGGCAAAGUUUACAUAAGCAGCCCAUGACGUUUAUGGUUCUGUGUUUCCUCCAGAAUGUCAUCUGAAAAGCAAAUACGUAUUGAAACAUCUUGAUAUUGAGCCAACAGUAGGGUUAUUGUGUACAUUGGUAGUACAGGGUAUUAAGCCGUUUCCUACAUUCAUUAAAGAAAGGAUCAUAGUACUUGUUCCCUUUCAUGUUACUUCUUGGAUUAAUGUGCGAUAUUUAGUAAACCAGAAAAUGUUUUAUUGUAAAAAUAUAUGACUAGAAAUAUUAAUAUUAUGCAUCAUAGCUCACCUUCCUAGGUGGAGUAUAUAACUGUGUUUUAAUUUCCAUGACAGAACUAAGAAUUGCCAAAUUUUCUGCUAACCUUUUUGUAUUGUGUUAUUAAUGUGAGUUAUUGUAUUUUACUAAACCUGGAUGCAGUUUCCUAUUAAAACAUAUUCUAUUGCA